AUGUUUCCGCGUCGUUCUCGUUCAAAAACGCCUGGAGGGAAUGCAAAAGAAGGACUUUACGUGCAGACGUUUAAGCCUCUUCCUUCGAUUCAUAGUAAACAACGAAUUAAUGUAUGCAUAAAUUUUUGUUUUGUUUACAAUAGGUUUUAUUAUUGUUUGUCCUUUUUUGGCCUGUAGAGCCCAUAAAUAGCGUUUAAACGGGGAAUGGUGUGUCUCUCCUUAUUUUCAAUACUAUUUUUAGUUACCUGACAAGUUUAUGUAAAUAAGGGUUGAUGGGGGGUAUUUUUCUCUACAGAGCACCUUUUGUUGUUUUCCCAUACCUGUCCACUCUCAAAAGGGGAAGGAAAUUGACCAGUGCCCGGUUGGGGUUAGGGAAGAGUCCCUUCCUUGCCCUGGUAUGGCUGUUUCCUUU